UGGCAGCUUUCUUCCUGUGAACUGCUGCCGGCGACUUCGUGCUGUAAAACCAGAGUUCCAUGACCUACACGUGCUUUGGUGCUCUGCUCCCCAAAAGCAGUCAUGUAUUAGUUUUUUCCGAUGCUUCAUCUUGUUCCAGAGGAGUUACUUUGGUUUUCUGGAAUACAAGGUGCUCAAUGAACCGGGAGCCCCCAUGAAUGAAACAGCCAGCUCUUGCCAGCCGAUGGCUAAAAACUGCACCUCGCAUGUAGCGGGGAUGGCACAAGAGGACAGCCACCAGGAUCAGGUUCCACCCCCUUUCUAUCAUGAAGCCAGUCAGGAACUUGAUUUGUCCACCAAAGUGUACAAAAAGGAGUCUGGGAGCCCUUAUUCUGUAUUGGUGGACCCAAAAGCAAGUAAGCCGCAGCUCCACGAAAGAGAGGAGCAGCCAUAUUUCAGGGAGGACAGAACAGUAGGAGAGGCCCGAGCCGUGAAAGAAGACAGGGAGAACUCUGACGACUUGCAGGAGGAGGAAGAGGAGGAAGAUGAAGUGACUUACAAAAGGGAGCAGAUAAUAGUCGAGGUAAACCUUAACAACCAAACCUUAAAUGUAUCAAAAGGGGAGAAAGGGGUCCCCUCCCAGUCCAAAGAAACUGCUGUUCUUAAGACCAGCAGUGAGGAAGAGGAGGGUGACAGUGGGGAGGAAGAGGCCACUGAAGACAGUAAUGAUUAUGAGGAAAAUGAGAGGCAGAAGAAAAAAGAGCAAAGAGAGGCGAAAGAUAGUGUUGCACAAAGGAGGACGCGGAGAGCUGCGUCUGCUGCAGCCACCACAACUUCCCCUACUCCCAGAACUACACGGGGGCGUAGAAAGAGCGUUGAACCCCCCAAGCGUAAGAAGAAAGCUGCAAAGGAGCCCAAGGCACCUGUGCAGAAAUCAAAGUGUGAAGAAAAGGAGACUUUGACCUGUGAGAAGUGCCCCAGGGUGUUUAACACACGCUGGUAUCUGGAGAAGCACAUGAACGUCACUCACAGGCGCAUGCAGAUCUGCGACAAGUGUGGGAAGAAAUUUGUUCUAGAAAGUGAGCUCUCCCUUCACCAGCAAACAGACUGUGAAAAAAACAUCCAGUGCGUUUCCUGCAACAAAUCGUUCAAGAAGCUAUGGUCCCUUCACGAGCAUAUCAAGAUUGUCCACGGCUAUGCAGAGAAAAAAUUCUCCUGCGAGAUAUGCGAGAAGAAGUUCUACACCAUGGCUCACGUGCGCAAGCACAUGGUCGCACAUACCAAGGACAUGCCAUUCACGUGUGAAACCUGUGGAAAAUCCUUCAAACGCAGCAUGUCACUCAAGGUUCAUUCUUUGCAGCAUUCUGGCGAGAAGCCUUUCCGAUGUGAGAACUGUGACGAAAGGUUUCAGUACAAGUACCAGCUUCGUUCCCACAUGAGCAUUCACAUCGGACAUAAGCAGUUCAUGUGCCAGUGGUGCGGUAAAGACUUCAACAUGAAACAAUACUUCGAUGAGCACAUGAAAACCCACACUGGAGAGAAGCCCUUUAUCUGUGAAAUCUGUGGCAAAAGCUUCACCAGUCGGCCCAACAUGAAGAGGCACCGCCGAACUCACACAGGGGAGAAGCCAUAUCCGUGCGACGUGUGUGGCCAGCGGUUCCGCUUUUCCAACAUGCUGAAGGCGCACAAGGAGAAGUGCUUCCGCGUCACCAGUCCAGUCAAUGUGCCGCCUGCUGCCCAGAUACCCCUCGCCACGGCCUCUCCUGCCACCACUGUACCUUCUGUUGCGAACACACCCAAUGCCCCAACCCCAACUCCACCCAUUAAUAUGAACCCGGUGAGCACACUUCCUCCCCGCCCUGUCGCCCACCCGUAUUCUCACCUGCACCUUCACCCACACCAUCCGCAUCACCUGCCGGUCCCCCCUGUCCCUCACUUACCCCCACCUCCAGCUCUGUUUAAGAGCGAGCCUUUAAACCACAGGGGCCAAGGCGAAGACAGUUUUCUGCGGCACCUGGCAGAAAAAAACAGCUCAGUACAGCACCACUAACUGCUUGUCUUCGGCCUGCCAUUCUCUUGGUCUUUUGCACAUGGAAGUGUGCCCCCUCCAC